AUGCCUUUGACCCCAGCUACUUCAAGUUACUAUCAAUAUACCCUCAAAGUUGAGGAUGCUGCUAACCCUCGUGCCCCGGGCUCAGUCGUACUUAAAGAACCAAGUUCACUUGUUGAAGAUUACCAACUUAAAGUUGCCUAUAGAAAAUAUGUUACAACUAAGACUAUACCACAUAGAGCUAAAAGAAUAAAUUUCCUUUUCCUUCAUGGAAAUGGGAUGAAUAAAGGAUUGUGGCAUUAUCAUAUUGAUCAAUUAUAUACCAUGUAUUCCCUUAUUCCGGAUAUGUAUAUCGAUACAGUAAUAGCUGCUGAUCAUGCCAAUAUGGGAGAUUCAGCAUAUGCCAACAGGGACAAAUUAGGACAAGUAUGUGAUUGGAAUGAUUUGGUAAAGGAUUAUAUUAUGAUUACUAAAAUUCAUGAACGGGAGGCAUUUUUACAUCCGGAUGCAUUUAAUGUUAUUGUGGGACAUUCUAUGGGAGGAUUCUUGACUAUUCAACUUACUGCUAAUGAACCUAACCUUUUCCAAUGUUCGGUUCUUGUUAAUCCUGUUUGUGCCAAUACUCCGGAAGCUAAUGAUUCUUUUAUUGCUCUACAAAGAAAUUGGUAUGAUAGGGGGUUUGUCAAGUAUAAUUUCGAUAUCCCACCGGGCAAGAACUGGUAUGAUGAAGUAUAUGAUCAUUUCACUACGAAAUCAUUUUAUAAAAUGUUUGAUCCCGUUGUUUUGAAGAAUAUGGUUGAGGAUGAAAUUCCAGAAGGAUAUCAACGUGAUAAAUAUUAUGAAACGGUUUUAUUAAAACAUGACGGGAAUAACGAUUACAUCUCCUAUUACAAUCAAUACUUCUCCAUUCCAGUAACUUAUUCUUGUAAACUUGUUCAUUCUCAGGGUUGGUUUCAGAAUAGUCCUCUGUUCCUAGAAAGAUCAGAUACUAUUAAACAAAUCGUCGAUGAAAGGCUUCAUUCAGCUCAACUUCAAGUAUUACAUGGACACGCUCACAAUAUGCAUGCUCAAUCUCCAAAUGUGAUUCUUAGUUAUAUCAAUGAAUUUGUUGUUGAAACUUAUAAGAACAAUCAAAAACCAAAUGAUUAUGAUUAUUUGAAACAAUUUGGACCUGAUUAUAAGAAGAUCUUAUUUGAAAAUAGAAUGAAAGAAUUCUUAGGUGAUAGAAAGAUUCAUAGUAAGUUAUAG